UAUCAGCAGUAUAUCGAUACGGGAAGAACUAAAACCAGGAACAGCAGCGUGUGGAGCGUUCACAGCCACGGACAGGGAUGAGGGAGAUGUAUUAACAUUUAACAUUAGUGGUACGAACACUCACAGUUACACAUCUAAAACAUGUGAUACCAAAGUGAAGAGUGGUAUGGUGUGUGUUUGUGUGUUUGUCUGUGUCUGUGUGUGUGUCUGUGUGUGUGUGUGUGUGUGUGUGUGUGUGUGUGUGUGUGUGUGUGUGCACGCGCGUGCGUGCGUGUGCAAUGUUAAGAUGUCUAUCGGAGGAAGCCAUUGAUUUGGCCAGAUUCUUGUCUUUACCAGACGUUAUGCUUAGCUGACUUUGCCAUGAAAACCCCCUGAGGAGAGUGAUUAAUUGCUGUCCUAAUCUGAAUGACAAAACCGUGUCCCCGUGAUCAAACUCGUAUCUCUACACAACGCAGAGUUGAACUGGUGUUUUAGGCAAACUCGUGAUUGCUUACAUGAUCCACUAUGAGGUGUACACCCCUAAAAGAAUCGGUAGUCCCCUACGAGAUCCAUAACAUGAUGUUUCAUCCCUCAUGAACCACUAAGCUCAGAAAACCGAAACCUGCACAGAAUAGGCUCAGGGAAUAGAUAAAGCUUAAGAUAUUUAAUGACCACAUUGAGAAUUGGUAUUUAAUCCUUUUCUAAUAUUAUUUUCUUAAAUUCAUUUGCUAAUGGUAAUGUGUUACCACUUGGCAUAAACAGUGGCUUCAACGAGAAUCCUUAGCGAAAAAUCCAAACUACAUGUACUUAGAAAAUAUCCAUCGCAUAUCCAGUCAAUAGCAGAGCGUCUUUUGCCAAUGUAGAAGAAGACGUAAAUAUAGAACUCUUCCAUGGACUUGCAGUUUGUAACCAUUGAAGUGAAUGUAGGCAAAAUAAUGACAUGUAAAAUGCUGGAGUACCUCAUUGAUAACAUAUAUGUCAAUAUAUUGUUUUACAAUAAUAUACAUAUGUGAAGUUGUAAGGUUUCAAGCUGUAUUUACAUUUGUUGCAGGCGGUGACAGUGACUACUUUAACAUAGAUUCGUCAUUAGGUGAUCUGACAGUUGCUAAACCUGUGGACAGAGAUGGACCAGCAGGGAUUAGGUUCUUCGACAAUGUGACUGUAAUGGUAACAGAUAAAGCGGGACACAGCGUCAGUAUGACAUUAAAUAUCACUGUCACCGACAUCAACGACAACUCGCCAGUGUGCACUGAUGACAUCAUUAACAUAACAGUCACAGAAAAUUCAGCUGAUAGACAGCACCUCGCGUCUGUUGACUGCACAGACGCAGACUCUAGGUCUAACGGAAAUAUCAGCGCGUCUAUAACGGAAGGCAACACUGAUGACGUAUUCUACGUGACUGGUCUACAGCUGUAUGUGAAUGGAAGUGAAGUAGACUACGAGCGGAGCGAGAGUCACGUGUAUACUCUAGUUGUUAAAUUAACAGAUUUCCCACAAAGCGACCACCCUCAUACAGCGGCAGUGUUGGUUUAUGUCACGGUUUUGCCAGUAAACGAACACAGUCCUGUUUGGAAAGAUCCAGUCGCUGAGGACGAGGGUAUGUUUCCUGACGUCUCUGUACGAGAAGAUGUAACUCCCGGACACGAAAUCCUCAGAGUAUCUGCUGCUGACGAGGACUCCGGUUCUGAUGGUGAUCUACGAUACAGUAUCCAGUUAGCGACGUCAAGUAGUGGUGAGAAUUCGACGGACGUUUUUCACAUUGACAGCCUAACAGGUUCACUUACCAUGAUGAAACCACUGGACGCCGAUACAGCCACAGGCGGUGUGGAAUUUCACAGCAUCGUUAUAGAAGCCAGGGAUUCUGGAGCUUCCACAAAGAGUGUCACGGGAACUGUGAAGAUUCUCUUAAAACCCACCAACGACAAUCCUCCGAAAUUUACCAAAACGGUUUUCAAAGUAUUCGUCCCAUGCGAGACAGAACUUAAUACAGAAAUUUUAAAACUCGAAACGAACGACGCUGACGGUGACUCAGAUGUUUUGUUCUCUGUGUCAAGUGGUGCUGGUGAUUUCGUGUAUGUAGAUCAGUCAACGGGAUCGAUGGUGUUAAAAACAUUUCCAUCUCAGCAGUCAACGUCGUCGGAUCUGGUGAAAACAGUGAAGGUGCGGGUCACCGACGUUGACGAUGUAAAUUUGAGAGACGAGGCUCACGCCAGUGUGGUGUUUGAAGACUGCUCACCACCCGUCAACUGCACCACGCAGAAACCAGUCGAGUGUGUAUCUAUUGCACCUGUUACAUGUGAACCAGACGUCAACGACGUUGUCACUAACUGGGUACUUAGAAGUUUGCUUAUGGUGUUUGGUGUUGGACUAUUGGUUACCAUAGCAAUGUACAUGAAGUUAAAAAUGUGUCCUACUAAUGCAGUUGACGACAUGAAAGGGCCGAAACCGGCCUGGGAAAAGAACAGUCUCGAGAGACCAGAGAGUUACGAACACAGCUUACCAAUAGAUGACAUCAUAGUGGAAGAUGAUCCUCCGAUGUUCCUAAAGGAAUGAUAGCAUUUUGCACCAAUUUGUUAUAUGUUUAUAUUCUGUGGUUUGUGAAAACAACCUCGUUUUAUGUGUGACAAUAAACAGUUACAAUAUUAUUUACAAGAUGUUUUUAUCAUAAGAAAGCCAUAUUAGUCUGUCGAUCCAUGACUAUUAAUGGUAAUUGGUCCUCGAAAUAAUUUGAGCAAUAUUGUCUGUAAACUACUUACAGUUCUUUCCUUGAUAUAUUAUUCCAUGUAAAUCAGGGCUCGAGAUUGGAAUUAAAAUAUGGCCUGGA